CCAGUCCAGUCUGUGAUCCAGGAAGUGAAGUUGCUUGGUUGUUUUUCAAUCAGGCCCUGUAAUUAUCAGGAGCUCAGGACGGUCUGCAGAGAUGGUGGAAGGGCCAGGCUGUACUCUGAAUGGAGAGAAGAUUCGGGCGCGAGUGCGACCAGGCCAAGCGGUGACCGGCGUGCGGGGACCAGCUCUGCAGAGCCUGGUGGGCACUGCGUUGCUCCCCGGAGCCUCUCCAGCUGAGGUCUCUCCCCAGGCUGCCACAAUGAAUACUCAGGAUUCUGGCUGGAAAUUCUUGAGACUGUUUAAUGGACAUGUUUACAGUGGUGUGGAAACCUUGGGGAAGGAGCUGUUUAUGUACUUUGGCCCAAUAGCCUUACGGAUUCAUUUCGGGAUGAAUGGGUCUGUCUUGAUUAACCCACGUGAGUGUGAAAAUAGAGGUGGAGUUUCUCCGGCUUUCCAAGUACAGCUCACCAGUGACUUGAUCUGUUUCUUUGACUCUUCAGUAGAACUCAGAAAUUCAAUGGAAAGCCAACAAAGAGUAAGAACGAUGGAAGAACUGGAUGUGUGUUCACCAAAAUUCAGUUUCUCAAGAGCAGAAAGUGAAGUGAAAAAGCAGAGAGAUCGGAUGCUGUGUGAUGUGAUCCUAGAUCAGAGAGUUCUGCCUGGUGUCGGGAACAUCAUCAAGAACGAAGCUCUCUUUGACAGCGGUCUCCAUCCAGCUGUUAAAGUGUGUCAGUUGUCAGAGGAUCAGCUCCGUCACCUUGUGAAGAUGGUCCGUGAGUUCAGCAUUCUCUUUUAUAAGUGCCGUAAAGCAGGAUCUGCCAUUUCUAACCACUACAAGGUUUAUAAACGCCCUACCUGUGGUCAAUGCCACUGCAAAAUUACUGUGUGUCGCUUAGGGGAGAACAGCAGGGUGGCAUAUGUCUGUCCUCACUGUCAGAAAGAAGACCCUCAGCACGUUCAGCUACGCCAACUGCCAACCAACAAAGCUGUAAGCAGCUGGACUUCCAGGAGAAACGAUUGCCUGAUGGACUCAGUGGCUCGGAAAUGCGAAGAGGAGUGGUCCUGUGCAGUCUGCACGCUCAUAAACAAACCCUCCGCUCUGUCCUGUGAUGCUUGCUUGACCGCAAGGCCUGUUGAUUCGGUGCUCAGGAAUGGAGAGAAUUCCGUUGACUUUAGCAACUUAGUGAAGUACCCUUGUAAUAACUUUGAGAAUACACACAAAGAAGUGAAGAUCAACAGGAAAACUGUAUUUGGAAGUACGACCCUUGUCCUGACUGAUUUCAGUAAUAAAUCCAGGACUUCGGUCAGAAAGAAAAGCCCAAACCAGAUAACAGGCAGGGGAUUUCGAAACUUUCCUCCUGUAGACAUAUGUUUUAGUGAUCUACAGCACCCCUCCACCGAAGGAACAAACUCUAUCAUUCAGCCAGCCAACAAGGUAAACAUAUCGCCUAUAGUUUGUGCCCAGCCUAAAUUAUUUAGUUCAGCACAUAAAAAAUUGAAAACCACUCACUCUUCAGGAGCAGACCUCACACGUUACAGCCCUGGACUUUCUAACAGUGGACUCCAAACCAAUACGGUGGAUGCUCCUCGCUCUGUAAAUUCUGGCACUCCUCGGUGCAAGAAGCACAACCGCUUUUGUGUUCUCCGCGUGGUGCGGAAGGAUGGAGAGAACAAGGGGAGGCAGUUUUAUGCCUGCCCUCUGCCCAGAGAAGCACAGUGCGGGUAUUUUGAAUGGGCAGACUUAGCCUUCCCUCUCUGCAGACAUGGCAAACGCUCCAUUAUGAGAACUGUGCUGAAGAUUGGACCUAAUAAUGGGAAGAAUUUUUUUGUAUGUCCUUUGGAGAAAGGAAAGCAGUGUAAUUUUUUCCAGUGGGCAGAAAGUGGACCAGGAAUGGAAAUUAUUCCAGGAUGCUAACAUUUUCUCGUUUUUAAAGAAUGUCUGGCAUAUGAACUUCUCAAACUCCCAAUGUUCAGUCCCCUUUGUUUUGUAGAGAGCUGAUAGAAUACCUGUGGUACACAUAGAAAUUAAGAUACUGUAGUCUUUGAGAAGUAUUCUUUGUUUAAAUGCAUUCGUCACCUUCCCAUUUAUUUUGUCACAGUGAACAUGCUAUAUGUCACCAGGUGGACAGUACAUUCCCUUUAAAGUGUAUAUUUAAUACAUCUACUAAUAAUGACAAUAAAGUAUCUUUAGUAUGGUU